GUACGCAUGUCACGGCCUGCACGUAAUGUUUUAUAUACGUUAUAGUAUUGUGCUCUCUGCGCGGUCUAGUGUGCCUUGCUUCUUUCUACGCAUUUUUGACUCCUACUCGGUUCAAUGAAGUAUUUUAAACAGAUAAAACGAUUCGUUUCCAAAUCGUACUCGAGUGGAAGUUUAGCUGGAGCUGACAUAAAGGGUCUCGAUUUGACCGAACAGGUUGAAAACAUUUUUCCCUAUGAGAGCAUACCUGGACCUACGCCGCUUCCCGUUUUGGGAAACACAUGGAGAUUCAUACCAUAUAUAGGUGACUUUCAAAUUGAACAUAUCGACAAAGUCGCAAGGCGGCUGUACGAACAGUAUGGCAAAAUUGUUAAAAUCGAGGGACUCCUCGGCAGACCCGACAUGAUUUUUCUUUUCGACCCUUACGAAAUCGAAAAGGUUUUCCGGAGAGAGGAUGCGAUGCCCUACCGACCGUCGAUGCCGUCGCUUAAUUUUUACAAGCACGUGUACAGGAAGGAUUUUUUUGGAAAGAUGGGCGGAGUUAUUUCAGUUCACGGCGAAAAUUGGCAAAAGUUCAGAUCGAAAGUGAAUCAAAUAAUGUUGCAGCCAAAGUCCGCGAAAAUGUAUGCGCCGGCGAUAUCAAAGGCGUCGCAGGAAUUUGUCGAAAGGAUAAGACAUCUGCGGAAUAAGGAAUCUGAAAUGCCGGACGAUUUUUUAAACGAAAUCCACAAAUGGUCUUUAGAAUCGUUAGCGAGAAUAGCCCUAGACGUACGUUUGGGCUGCAUGGAUCGGCACCCUUCCCAAGAUACUCAACAACUAAUCGACGCUAUAAACACGUUUUUCAUAAACGUACCGAUAUUGGAACUCAAAAUACCAUUUUGGAGAUUGUACAGUACGCCAACGUUUAAAGAAUAUAUAGACGCGCUAGAUACAAUCAAAAACAUAUGUCUGAAAUAUAUAGAAAAGGCCAUGCGAAAUUUACAAACAGAAGACGGUGACAGUCAAAAUUCGAUUCUACGAAAAGUGCUGCAUGUGGAAAAGGACCCCAAGGUGGCAACUGUAUUGGCGUUGGACAUGUUCUUAGUGGGUAUUGACACGACAUCGAACGCCGUAGCAUCGAUUCUGUAUCAGCUGGCCAUUCAUCCGAAGAAACAGGAGAAAUUGCACCAGGAAGUGGAGAGGGUUUUAGAUUCUCAACAAACAAUUGAAACCGACGCGUUGGAAGCAAUGAGUUAUUUAAAAGCCUGCAUAAAAGAGACUAUGAGGCUAUACCCAGUAGUGAUAGGAAACGGUAGGCAAACGACUUCCGAUUGCGUCAUUCGCGGUUACCGCGUCCCUAAAGGGGUUCAAAUUAUUUUCCAACAUUACGUGAUCAGCAACGAGGAAGAGUAUUUUGCAAAGAGCUGCGAAUUUCUGCCAGAGAGAUGGCUCAAGGGUUUCUUUUCGAAGGAACAUCACCCAUUUGCCUCUCUUCCGUUCGGUUUCGGCAAGCGCAUGUGUUUAGGGAAGCGAUUUGCCGAAUUAGAAAUUCAGAUGCUGAUCGCUAAAAUUAUCCAAAAUUACAGGAUUGAAUAUCAUCAUCAGAGACUGAACUACUUUAUACAUCCUAUGUACACUCCCAAUGGACCUUUACGAUUGAGAUUUGUAAAUAAAAAUUAACAUUUAUAUACACAUAUUUGUAUCAAACUCUCUCACAUUUAUAAGAAGUAAUACACAAUCAGGUGUUCUAAGUCUUAGAUUCAAGGAUCUCACGAAUCAGCUGGCACUUUUUAUCACUGGAAUUCCAAAAAAAACGGAAUCUUAAGAACAAGCGUGGUUAAUGAUGUAAAGAUUAGGGUUCGAAUUUUAUUAAUUAUUAAAUAAAAGAAGAAACUCACUACGGAUAACUGAGCAACGAGCAAAAAGCGUUCGAGCUCUAUACGAAAGCUAUUAAGAGUUAGAUCUUUAAUAGAAGAUGGAAGAUUAUUACAAUAGCAUUAUAAAUAAAGCUACGGCGAAAAGUGGUUAAUCGAUAACGAAUAGAAUACGGACAAACACCACCAGAUUAUACUGAUAAAUAUUUUCUGUUUGGAGCCAAUCAUACACUGCCAUAAUUUCGAAGCCUAUAAAUUAACCUACAACAAGCAUUCCGAAAGCGAUUCCUAUACUAUAAUUGGCAUAAUUUAAUAAUUUUUUGUGAAAUUUGAGAGUUAAAGUAUUUACGUUUUUAUAUAGGGAUUGUAGAGUCAAAUAUGCCUUUUGCAAUAGCAGUGACACAUGUGCUUUGAAUGCGUAAGUCUUUUUGAAGAAUUAAGUUAAGAUUUUUUAUUUUUCUUACAAUCGGGAGUUAUAGUCCAUCUAUAAGCAAUUCUAUUUUUUGGGGUGAAUCCCAUCACUGUCUGCAGAUGUCCCAAUACCUGAGAAUCCAGUCAAUUUAAAAGA